AAUAAUAAUGACAUCAAGAUUUCACUUGAAAAACCAUUUUAAGUGUAAAAAUCAUGGGCCGAGAAGAGCAAAGUAAUCCACUAAGGAACUCUAUAAUCCCACAUCCAAACAGUCACUAACUCCCUCAAAGCCCUAAGGAAACCCUCUGAAACCUCGCAUCCAAUUCUCUACACCCUCACAGCAUACAUGAACAUACCCAAGAAUUGAAUGAACCAAUCCGUUUACCUCUCUCACAAAUUUCUUCUCUUUCUUAGCUUUCUGCUCAAAACCUUUCAAACCCAUUGCCAACCUAAACACAUUAUAAGCUGAAACAAAUGCUGCAAGCCUUUUGAAAGGGUCAUUUGCUGAAAACUCGAUAAAGUAGAGCUGAGUAAACCCAGAUAGCUUCAAAAGGCGGGUCGACGCUACGUUGUAGUGAUUCGUCGAAAUUUGAACUCAAAGGUGACAACUUCUCAGAGUCUGGCGAGUCCAAUACGUCUUGAAUUAGAUUGUUUAGUAUAAUUUCGUGUUUAUGGCCUACGAGAUUAUUGGAAAAUUGAUGUUUUAAUGUUUCCAUAGGAGUUGAAACCAUAACUCUGGAGAAAAAUCAAAAAAAGAAGAAGAAAGAUGACAGAAUGAAAACCUAAAACCCUAAUUUAGUCAGUGGCUCCCAAGAACACAUAGGAAAAUAGGUGUUAUAGGAAUCACGUACACGCGUAGGACGACAUCGUAUUACGAGGUCUCUCAUUAAGUCUCAAACAGAAAGGACUCUUCAGGUAUUUGAAUACAACGAAAUUUCAGAAAUCUUUGUUGGCUGAAGUAAUGGGGAAAUUUGACAAGGUUGCAUUGUUGUUGAUAUCUUUCAUAGUGAUAACAAUAUGGUUUCCGAUUGUUGUUCAAUGCUCAAAGAAAGCAGUAGGAGUGGCUAGAAAAGAAGACAUUCCUUAUAUAAGAUGUCAGGUGUGUGAGAAGCUGGCUUAUCAACUAUACCAUCACGUUCAGAACAAGCAAGCUGAGAUCUCUCCAAAGAAGAUCUCGGAGUAUCAGAUAAUAGAGAUUUCAGAGAAUGUAUGCAAUUUAAAGAAGCAGGAAGCUGAUUGGAUUCUUAAAGUUGACAUAGUUGAACAAGGUGAUAGGUUGGAGCUGGUUGAGCAAGACUCAGAAGGACAAUGUAAUUCAGAAUGCAAAACAAUAGAACGUGCUUGUCAAGAUGUAAUGGACUAUUCUGAUACAGAUGUGGCAGAAUAUUUAUAUAAAACCAAACCAGAUCUUGAUUCCUUGAAAAGUUUCCUUUGCAAGGAUUUGACCCAAGUUUGUAGCAAGGCACCGCCUCCAGUUCCUAAGAAUAGAGUCCCUGGAGAACCUUUUGUUGCUAAGUCAUCAAAAGAGGCUGAAAUGGAAAAGCUAAUGCGAUCCAUGCAGGGUAUGCCUGGAGCCCCAGGUAUGCAAAUGUAUUCCAGAGAAGAUUUGAUGAACCAAAAGUUUGGUGAUGAAGAUGCAGAUGACGAUGACGAUGACAAUGAUGACGAAGGAGGCUUCCCGUCAAAGCUGGGAAAGAUUAUUAAAGAAAAAGAAAGUAAGAGGAAUGAUUGGAAGCAACGGAUCACAAAAGGAAUUCAAGAUACAAGUGAGACUCUAAAGAAUAACGCUAACAGAAUUUCCCACAGGAUGAGAAAGUGGUGGGGAACAAAGAAAGCACAAUGGAAGAAGAGUUCCAUAACCAGUAAGGGAGAGCUAUAAUGAUGUGUGAAGUCCCUUUUUCCUCCUUUUCUUUCCUCCCAAUAAAAAUGUUGUCUGAUGAGAGACUGGAAAUCUGUGAUUCUCAUCUUAUGGCUGUACCCACGAGAGUUUUGUUUCUCUGAAGCCAUCUUCAGUGAUUAGAUGCAUGUACGUUUACUUUGGGUCUGACACUUUCGAUGAGUCUUCUAAGCUUGUUAGAGGUUUAUAUACCAGUAAAAAAUGUAGAGAACUUCUAGUAUUCUUUUUAAUUUUAUAAUGAAAUCUACAUUAUAUAAUAGUGCACAAACAUGAGUUUGAAGGAGUAAUAUUGACUUACUUAAGAUUGGGGUGCA